GCCGCAUCACGUCAAGGUGUGAAAUACAACUCCACUACUACUACGUGCAACUCAAUAAAUCGAGUUAAUACAUACACUGAUUAAUACUUCCUGUACUGAUACAGGAGUGAGACACGCUCAAAACACACAAAAUUCAACAAUUGCUUGCCUUAUUUUACCUAUGGCUAUCAUGAUUUAUUACGUGCAACUCAAUAAACCUUACAUCAAAAAUAGCAUUCGCAAAACCAAUUGCCAGCUCACGAUAUUUGUUUACUAGGCAAGCCUCUACCAGACGUUGCUAUAGCCUACGGAAGUACAGUCCGACCUCCUUUAUCUGGCCAACCAUUAUCCAGAAAUCUCUAUUAACUGGCCACGAUCAAGAUCUGUAUGUUCUGUUUUUUCAUUCGUUUCCACCUAAAAAUCUCGCUCAAAACUCGCUCAAAACUCGUGCGAUGUACCAAUGAUUCUCGCGCGAUGUGUGUGUGUGUGUGUUGUCCGUUAUGCCUGCAGACAACUUUCGUCCGUUAACGAACAACUUUUACUAGCGGACGUUAGUGAAACACGCUGUCGCGCUACGCACUCGCGAUCGAUCGAGCCCCGUACUUCAAUCAAAGGCGCCGCUGCCACGCACAUGGCUGAAAAACGCGGCAUGGCUGUAUCAGAUUUUCGUGACACCAUUCAGAAUUCGAGCAAAUCGGCGUAGAAUUGCAGUUUAAAAAUGAAUUUUUCAAGUACAUGUAGGUUCCACUUAUAUUAUUUGUAUUCGCCAGUAUUCGAAUAAUGACGACGCGAAUAACGAAUAUGUAUAGUCCAACAACAAUAUUCGGUGCACCGAAUACGCGAGUGUACCGGCAGGGCUUGAAACUAACGCUCGCUCACUCGCCCGAGGCUAGUAGAAUGUCUGGGUUGACCAGCCCUGCUGGCGAGUGGGAAUGCCUACCAGAUAACAUAUUACUAGUACUUUUUCAGCAACUACUAACCCGAUCGAACUAGUAAUAAGUAGUAUAAAAUUUGCGUGUGCAAACAUGAAAUUGCAAAACCUAAACAACAUUCACGAUGCUGGACGCUGCCAUAUUGGAUACACUUGGCGCCAUCAAGCGGGCACUUUCAUAACGAUUUUGAACUCAAAUGCGUUGCUAUGCAGCACGGUUGCUAUACGGGCAAACAAACAAAAAAUAAUACGAAAUAACUAUAAUAGUACUAAAAUGUAUAGAUAUCUAACAGGAAAAGUGCCCCCAACUAAAAAACUUAAAACCAAAGAGGACAUUAGAUGCCAACAGCAAAAAUAUGAGCAAGGGAAAAGGCAAAGGAAAUUUCAGGAAGCAUGGCUGGAAACAUACAGUUGGCUUGAAGUUGUGAAAAGCAAGUCCAAAGAUGAGACAACCAGCUCUGGUCAACCAAGUACUUCUAGUUCUGCCUCCACUUUCAACACAACUGAGAGUGAAUGCAGAAUGUUCUGCAAAGUUUGCCGAAAAUAUGAGAAGCAUGGCAUCUUUGUCACAGGGUCAAGAAAUUAUAAAGUAGAAUCCCUUAAAUAUCAUGAUGAGUCUGCCAGCCACAGGUCUUUCGUUCAAAGGGAGAAGGCCCUAACAGCACGUCCAGGGACAUCAGUCGCCGAAAAAAACAAUAGAGAAGCUAAAUGAGUCAAACUACCUCCGCCUUGGCAGGCUUUUCAAGAAUGCUCAUGCUGUAGCAAAACAUGGCAGGCCCUACACUGACUACACAUGGAUCUGUAAAUUAGACGAGGCAAAAGGUGUAGACGUAGGAAAGACAUACCGCAAUAACAAACAGGCUGUAAAUUUUGUCCACUACAUUGCUGAAGCCCAACGCAAAGAAAUCUUUUCCAAAUUUAAACAGAGUACAUUCAUGUCGCUAAUCUCUGACGGAUCCACAGACACAGCAUCGUCUGAAGCAGAGAUAUUAUACCUUCGUCACUGCCAUAGAGGAAUUUUAAGGACCGACUUCGUGGGAAUAAAAAAUGUGCCAAAAGCUGACGCUGCUGGAAUCACUACUGCCAUUUCCAAUAUCCUAACAGACAACCUUGGCGACACUUGGAAAACUAAAAUUGUGGGUAUGGCCACAGAUGGCGCAGCGGUGAUGCUUGGUAAAACCAAUGGAGUGGUAGCUCGUUUGAUGCGAGAGGUCCAAAGGCCUUUUAUCCAAACCAUACACUGCUCAGCACACAGACUGGAGCUGGCUUACAAGGAUGCCACUAAAUCAUUAGACAUCUUCAAUAAAGUGGACAACAUGCUACUGGCCAUUUAUCUUUUUUACAAGAAUAGUCCACUAAACAGGGCAAAUCUGAAAGCAUCCUUCAACACUCUCGCACAGAAGCCUUUAAUACCUUCAAGAGUAGGAGGAACGAGGUGGCUGCCACACAUAAAGAGAGCUCUGGAAAAUCUGCUGAUUGGUUAUGAACCAAUUAUGCAACAUUUAACGCAGAUUCAGAAUCCCAAUGAUGCAGCCCACCGAAAGGAUUCUGCGAACAAG